AUGGCUACCGACGACGAUAACUUCGACAUUGACAUCUACGGCGACGGCACUUACAAUGCCAAUGAGCCCGGAGAUUUCAAGCAGGAUUCCGAGCUUGUUCUGGAUGCUCCCGAGAACCAGCCCGAGUCCGGCGCCGGAUCAUCCAACGCCGUCAAGCAGGAGACCCCUGCUCCCGCUCAGACCCAGCAGGGAAUCAAGCGCAAGGAAUACGAUGAUCAAUCCGUGGAUCCCGAUGCUACCACUGCGUUGCUGAUUUCUGAAUUGACCUGGUGGACAACUGAGGACGAAGUCCGAAGCUGGUCGAAUCAGGUCGGAGUUGAGGGCCAGCUGAAGGAUGUGACCUUCAGCGAGCACAAGGUGAACGGCAAGAGCAAGGGUCAAGCAUUUGUUGAGUUCACUACGGCUCAGGCGGCUACUGCAACUAAGCACAACAUUGAGAGACAAAAUACCCCCAAGCGCAAGUACACCGUUCACUACACCAGCCCUCACCAGAAUCCCUUCAAGACCCUCCCCAAGGAUACCCCGAUGCGCAAUGCCGGCGGUCGCGGCGGUGGUGCUGUCCACAACCCUAAUGGCAACCCCAACUACGGCAUGAACAACCACACUGGCGGAUUCCGCGGCGGCCGAGGCGGCUUCGGCAACCGCGGCAUGGGCGGUAACAUGAACAACAACUUCAAUAACCGCAACAACUUCAAUCCCAUGGGUGGAUUCCAAGGUGCCGCGCCCAACCCCAUGAUGGGUGGCUUCCAGGGCGCCCCGAUGGGCGGCAUGCAGAACUACGGAUUUAACAAUCGCGGCAACAUGAUGGGUGGCAUGCGCGGCGGUGCUGGUAUGCGUGGCGGUCGUGGUGGAAACAUGGGCGGUGCUCCGAUGAUGGGUAUGCCUGGUAUGGCUCCCCCCAUGGGUGGCAUGGGCAUGAACCCGAUGGCUGGUAUGAACCCCAUGAUGGGCGGCGGCAUGCCUGGUGGCAUGGGAGGCAACAUGCCAAUGCAAGGACAACAAGGUUUCCAGGGCCCCAACCCCGGAUUCAAUCAGGGCUACUACAACCCUAACCCCAACAACCAGGCUGGUGGCGCCGACGCAGGUUCUUGGAAUCCCCACGGCGCGAAGCGUAGCCGCCAAGACUAA